CCUCUUUCCAUUUGCCGUCAUACGGCAGUCAUCGCCAACGACCAUGCAGGAUAUGUGGCCUGAUUCAUUUCGCAACGCAGUUUCUUCAAGCCAUGACUUUAUGUGCUAAACUCUGUUUGCUUUUGUGAGCCAUGCCAGCAGCGGGAAAGACCGCCAAAUCCAGAUCUGGUUGCAGUACAUGCAAACAACGAAGAGUCAAAUGUGACGAAGGCAAGCCAUCUUGCAGGCAGUGUACUCUCAAAGGUCUAGAGUGUCCCGGAUACGCGACAAGGUGGAAAUGGUCGAGCAAACAUGAACGGCACUGGCGCUCAAGUCUUCAACCUCAACCUGCUCCUGUUCCAGACAAGAAGAGAGCCUCAUCCGUUGUUUCUGGUGGAAAUCCAGAGAUAGCGACCUCACCACGACGUCGUCAUGACGAGGCGCCAGGCGAUAACGACAAUCAUGACAAGCCCAACACCGAGACCACUAAUAUUGAACCCCCUGUUCCCACUGAUGCUUUCAGUCAGUGGGCAGAACAAGCAUCGUUGCAGGAGCAGGAAGAAAACGUGUCGCUGCCUGCAGUGCAGUUUCCAAGCCCCCAAGACAGCUCUACUCAGCAAUCGCCGACAGCAUCUCGCCGACCAUCCCUCGCAUUGGGUCGAUAUUCAUGGCAACCCCUGGACACCAUACUCAGCAACACCCAGAUUCAGGUUGAUCUCUUCACGCAGGAUAUAUGCAAGUCUCUGUCAGCAUUUGACUCAACAAACAAUCCGUUCAGAAUGGUAGCCAUGUCGCGAGCGCGAGAGUCGCUGCUAUUCUUUUCCUUAUGCCGCUAUAUUACCGCGGCUUUCCUGAACUCUGGUGCUGUGGACACCGCAGCCACUCUAGCAGUACAAAAUGCGCAGGCCGAAAUAUUGUAUCGAUUGCACAACGAGAUUGCCCAAUUGAAGAGACCGACGAGAACAAAAAUCGAGGAUGUCCUGAUGGCUAUUAUCAUGUUCGGUCUCACGACGAAUUGGGACGGUUCCAACAAUCCGAGUAUCUUUCAUUACAAUGCAGCAAUGCAGUUGUACCAACAAGCAUAUGGAGGCAGCUGGCCGUAUGCACCUUAUAGCGAGUAUCAGCAAUUCUUCGUCCAUGCGUUGGUAUAUUGGUGGAUGGGUCUUGCAUUUGUCACAGACACCACCAAAGAAUGUCUACUGGAACCUCCACCUUCCCAGCAUGAUGUUGCUAAUCAUAGCGAAACUAACAUGCCGGAAAAGAGAAUCCCUCACCCACUGGCUGGGGUAUCGCCUGAGGCGCAACGGGUCCUAGGGCAGGUGGGUUUGUUGAUCCAUGCACAAAGGCUAAGGUGCCGACGUAAGCCCUUUACCAGUAUGAACCAACUUCAAAAGGAAUACGAGGCACUACAACAAGCACACAGUCUAGAGGAGGAAGCAUUGUCUCUGGAGAUGCCAAGAGCGGAUGAUUUUGUUGACGUCGGUGAUACGGAGACUCCUAUACAACACCUCAUCAACAUCGCGGAAGUUUAUCGACUCGCGGCUCUUAUUCUACUAUAUCGAUCAUUUCCAGAUCUCCUCGACAGCAGACUAGGAUUCCAAGAAGACCAACAUCAAAUCACUGAAUCCGCCGACGAGCGAAGAUUGCUGUGGGUGACUGCGCUUGCCACUCACGCACUCAACAUCCUCUGCCAAAAUGGACGGCGAUCGGGAACUCGCAGUAUCGAGCAAAUUCUGUUGAUCAUCAUUGCUGGGGAGUUGCAGAAGCGGACAUAUUCCCAACAUUUUGAACUGACCGAAGGGAGCGGUAGUUCAAGCUCGGGGCCCUUGAUAUCAGGCUUCGAUCCACUAUCGCCCCUUUCCACAAGCCCUUCAGAUCAACCCAUGGCUUUGAACAACCUAUCAGGCUAUGAAGCCGAGAAAAACAGUAUCGAGAGAUCAGUUUUGGACUCAGCCGAGACGAAUUGUAUCAUGAAAUCUCGCAACGCAGUUCUUGAGCGCCUGCAAGCCAUCCGCCAAGUCUUGCCCUACCGUUCAAUUGAAAUUGUGGAAGAGCUUGUGCUUAAAACCUGGGAGGCUGGUGAUGAUGGUAAUCCUAAUGUCUUCUGGAUGGAUAUCAUGAUUGACAAUGACUGGAAGAUUCUGUUGGUGUAGGCUAUGUCUUGGAGUCCAAGGAGCAGGAGUAUCAUUACCAUUAGCUAUUUCGCAAUCAAGCGGCCAUCUUGACGAGUAAAACUUGGUGCAAUCUUAGCCGCUCAUGUUCCACCACUGUAUGUCUUGGCUAAAUAUAUCCUGUAGCAUUCCGUUGCUAAAAUUGUCCGCCG